UAGCCUCCCCUACUUUUCAAAUUCAGUAUACUUCGUGUUGACCCUCUGAUCUUGCAUUUCAUCUCCUUUGAUUUCUGAGAAUUUGCGUUUGCUUUUCUGAAUUUACAUCUCUGCACCUGCAUUAAUUUCUGUUUCUCUGCUUUCUUCAAUUCAUCAGCACCUGCGAUUUUAUCAGUUUCUAGCUUCUGUGGAAACUGAUAUCUUGUUCGAUCUCUACCUGGAAAAUUAGGUUGAUUGGAAGUGACUUUAGCAUCUCUGCUUGCUCUUAUGUACGCUUGAAUGAGUUCUUUUUAAUUAUUUACUUUCUCAAUUUGUUUUUCUUUGAGGAAUAAUUUUUCUGUAUUUGCUACGAGCAUGGCGUAAAUUCACUUAUAUUCUCUAUAUUUGUGGGUACCAAAUAACAAUAAAUAUAUUGAGCUAUGUGGAUCAUAGAGUUGUUGGCUGGUGCUAAUCUAUUUAUCAUCUAUGGGUACUAGGUAGAUUGAAGGACGGGAACAUAGAUAUGUGCCUACAACAUAUUAAACUUUUGUUUUCCGAGUUUGCUCGUGGAAUUGAACUUCUUAUAGCGAGAACUUUGGAUAGCUGUGUUUUUGGAACCAGUGUUUGUGGAUGAAUAUGUCAUUUGAGCUUGAUAUCUACAUUUCUUCGGAGUGAGUUUCAUUUUUAGUAAGAUGACUGAACAACCUCGGAUAGUUAAAUGUCCCAAAUGCCGGCAAUUGCUUCCAGAGUAUUCACACUAUACGGUAUAUAUGUGCGGGGGAUGCGGUACAACUCUUCAAGCCAAGAAACGAAAAAAGGAGGCCGCCAAUCGAGAGUCCUGCGAACAUAAAACUGAUGCAGCUCCUAGAAACGUGGUGAAUCUUGCUUCAGAAGAUAAAGAAUGCAGCAACAUAGAGCAGCCAGCUCUUCCUCAGGAGAACGUAGUGAGGUCAAAACCAACUAGCUCUUCCUCGGAAGAAUGCUCUUUGGAGGGAGAUGGUGGAAGCAAUCAAAUUGAAAAUGGGGAAUGCAGGCAGUUAGUUCUUCUUCGGGAGAAUGCUGAGAGUACAAAAAGAACUAGUUCUUUCUCAGGAGAAUGCUCUUUGGAUGGGGAUAGUGGAAGCAAUCAAAAUGAAAACGGGGAAUGCAAUGCAGACCAGUUAGUUCUUGUUCUUCCUCAGGAGGAAAUUGUGAUACCAAAGAGAACUAAUUCUUCCUCAGGUCAUUGUUCUUCGAAUAUAAAUGGUGUAUGGGAUCAAAGUGAGGAUAGGGAAUAUGAUGAAAAAAAAACUGGCUCUUCCUCAGCAGAAUGUUCUGAGGGCAGAAUCAACUAGUUCUUCCUCAGGUGAACAUCCUUUGGAUGUUAAUGCAAAGGAGGAGUUUAAUGGAAAGCAGCUAGUUCUUCCUGAGGAGAAAGUUCAGAAGACAAAACCAACUAGUUCUUCCUCAGGAGAAUAUUCUUUGGAUGUAAAUGAUAAAAAGGAUCAAAUUAGAAAUGAGGAAAGCAAUGUAAAGAAGCUAGUUCUACCAAACGGGUCAAAAGCAGAUAGUUUGUCCUCAGCAUGUUUGGAUGAAAAUGGCAGUAAGGAACAAAGUAGUAAUGGGGAGUGCAACGAAGAGCGGCUAGAUCUUCCCCAUGAGAACAUUCAAAGAACAGAAUCAACAGGUUUUUCCUCAGGAGAAUGCUCCUUGGAUGAAAUUGGAGGAAGGGAUCAAAAUGAAAAUGGGGAGUUCAAUGUAGCUUUCAGUCUAUCAGAUGAAGAGAUGGAAAAGGAGACGAAUGUCAAUAACCUGUCACGUGGUAGAUUCAAGCAGCAUAAAGUAUCCAACGAUGGUUGUUCUACUGAGCUAACAGAGACGAAGAUUGAGGCCUCAUCAGUGCUGAUGGGAGGAGAGAGUUCAGAAGGAGAGACAACUGAUACCCAGUUGCAAUUAGCAAGAGCAGCAGGGUCAGAUAAUAGAAACUUGGUAUUUCAGGAAGCAAAAGAGCAGUUAAUUGGUGCUUCAGAUGGAGUAGAUGCCAAGAAUGACGAAUCCGCUCAAAUAGAAGCGGAAGCCAGAUUGGAAAUUAAUAGAAGCGAUAAUACUGCCAAAAGCUUAACAGAUGAUAACUCAGCAUCUGGUAAGGGGAGCACAUCUGGUAAUCCUGUAUCUUCUCAUGAUAAACAAAUGAAGCAAGGUCAAGAGCCUAAACCAUAUACAUUUGAUAACUCAGAAGUAAUGAAUCAGAGUUCAGAGCUUAGUGGUGAUCUUGGAGAAUUGUCUAAAUCCCCAACCACAAGAAGCUAUCAUGCUUAUGAUGGCAGUGUCUCUUCUUAUGAUGAAAUGGAUAAGCAAUUCCCUGACCAACAUUUGAAACUUUUGAGAAUAAUUACAAUGCGACAAAUGUUGUUUCUGAGGGAAGGCACAGAAAGGGAAAAGGCCCUGUAAAUA